AUGCCUGGUCUCCUCGGAAAGAAGUUCCCCACGCCCGUCGGUACGUGGUCCAAUCCCCGCCACGGGAGACUGCGCGAAGCAAGAGACUGACCAUGAUUGCUUCUACAGCCCGGCCGAUGUGGCCUUUCUACACCGCCGGUAUGCCUUGCAACCCACGGAGAGAUGCACCGAAAGAUCUGGAAGGACUGGGAAAGUGGAAGAUCUGAGAGCUGGAUACUGAGAAUGGAUCACAGGCCUCAUCAUUGCGUACGGCAUCAAUUCUUUCGCGACCGUUCUUGCGAACAGUAUGUCCCUCCCUCCCGGAAUGCACGAGUCACGGAGCCAGAAAGAACACUACAGGAGAUUGCAAUGGAAUUGUUGAGACGUGGAUACUGACAUGGUCGACUUGCAGCCGACGAGUACAAGAACGAUCCCAGAAACCCCAAAGCCGGAAAGUCGAACGACAAGCACUAG